AUGAGAAAAAUCAAUUUAUGUAAAAAAGUAGAUACUGCUCGUAACAGGAUGCAUAAAAAACACAAUUGUUUAAAAGUAUACUUAUUGGCAAGCAUAUCACCACCACCAAUAAGACGACUAAUUUUUAUUAACUUGGAGAGACAAAAUCAGAAAAAUGGCCUGAGAAAUAAAAUGUACAGACAGAUGGCUACAAUUUCUCGACUAAAAUCGAGAAAAGGUUUGUUCAGAAUCUCCUGUGCCUUACUAAAUGACCCCUCUCAAAGUAGAAUAAAUGCAUGGAAAGAUAUGACCGAGGAUAUUAGAGACUGGAUUGAACCUGGAACACUUACCUACAGUGUAUGA